UAUAAGUAGAUUACUGGCUUUCACAUUUGUACAUCAGAAAGCUUCAGUGUGGUUUUUUUUCAACAGUUGUUGUUUAGAAUAGAUAUUAAGAGGUGCUCUUUUUUCUAUUGUUCUACACCUCACCCCAUACUCUACCAUCAUUACUAACUUCACUUCUGGACAGCAGAGUUUAGGGAUGCUUUUUUACUGAUUUGUUUGUUACCAAUAAAACUGGAUUUAGGAAAGAAACCUCUGAAAGGCAACUGUACUUCCCUGUUUAUAGGUGAAACAAUCGAUGGAAUCUUCUUCUGGUCUAACUUAAGAAGAGAAACUUGCAACUACCUAUAAAUUGUCAUUAUAAUGCCAUGAGGAAUUCACAUAGAAAACAUAGUAGUGAGUGUAUAAGAGUUUGUGAAGAAGUAAAAAUGUUAUAACCUUAGUAAGCAUUUUCUUUGAAUUAUUUUAAUGGAAGCAUUUCUGAUUUAAGCAAAACAGAAGUGAUGAUUCCUUUAGCUUCAGGCUUGUAACAGAAGAACAUUUAUGUAACUGUUCUAUGAUGUAGUUUGCUUUUUAUGGAAAUUAGGUAACAUUAUGUGUGCUUGGAGUUCUUUUGCAUGAAGUUAAACCAUUGUUUUUUAAACAUUGAAAUUGUUUUAUACUACAUCAGAAUUCUUUUAGAAUAAUUUAAUUUGUUCUUAUGGGCAUGUAAAGAAGCUCACUCUUUCAGCAGAAGCUCAGGUGUUACUUUGAAUAAAAUAUUAUACAUAUUUUCUUUCUCUAAAAAGCAAUGAGGAGUUCAAACAAUACAGUUCAUAGUGGUUUAUUUUAAAUCUAUAUAGAUUUAGAUUAGACCCUGCAAUUUUAAAGAUUAAUUUGCAUAGAUCAUUCUGCUGUAAUGCAGAAUAGCAGCUAGAACAUCCAUCUUGUCAAAGUAACAAACAUUUUGAUUAGGUAUCUUCCUCUCCUACCUUUUCAAGGUUGCAUGUGUCUUUUUAGUCCUGGAAAUUCAUACUUCAGAAGUCAGUCAGUCCUGCUAAAGUUAUAUUUUGUUUGGUACUGGGAGAGUAGGAAGCUUUUCAUGAUUAAAAAAAGAAGAUGAAGAACCUGUUAAUAAUUCUGUAGACAUGAAGUUAUUGUCAUAGUUGUUUGCAAUAGUGUUUUUUAAGGCAGGAGAAACUAUUUUGAAUUAUUAAUGUGUUAUAUACAUACACCAAUUAAUGCAGUAAUUUCUUCAAGUUUGCCUGGCCAGGAGCUGAAAUCAGAUUGGAGAUGAUUCUGUAGGCAACUGGAAAACUUUCUGUUAUAAGAGAAGUAAUUUAAUUUGAAUGAAUGUUGUGUUGAGUACACUAGACUUUUCUAGGGGGAGAUUUGUGUGUUAAAUGUUCUCUUUUCAAAACAAAAAUUUUAAGUACUUUGGUUCAUUUUACAGUGCAUAAGUACCACAAGUAACUUUACCUUUAAGUACAUUUAUUUAUUACAGUCUUUUAAGCAUGUAUAUAUGUGUGUUGGAACCCUUGGAAAAUUAGUUAACACUGCUUUUAAGACAGAAUUGUAAUAUGACCUGUAUUAGAUUUUUCUAUUACAUCCUUGGCUUAAUACAUUCAAAAAAUAUUGUAAUCUACAAUGUUAGUGUGGUUCAAUACAGUUGAACUAAAUUAUUUGAGAAAACCACCUUGCAUACUGGGAGAGCAUGAAUUUGCUUUUUAGUCUGCAACCUUUGAAUUGGAACGGUUUUAUGCAUUGGGCAAUUUCAUGUAUUUUAGGUCAACAAUUAAAGUUCUGGUUUUUGGAUAGUUGAUGUGAGGUGACUUUCACAGAAUGGAUAAGGUUGGAAUAGAUCACAGUAUGUCACCUGCUCCAACCUCCCUGCUCUACUAGGGUCAUCAUAGACCACACUGCACAGGACUGCACCUAGACUGUUAAAUUCUAGACAUCUUUUUUUUUAAUCAUGGUUUAGUGAAGAUGUGAAUUCAUGGAAUGACAUAGAAAUAUUAAUUUCCUUUAUGUUGUAGCAAAAUAAUGAUAAGCAUUAUACAUUUGAAAUUUACUUUUGUAGUGCUGCCUAGAGACUAAAAAGUGGUAUAGUUUUCUAUGUCAUCAUGCCUACUGUUACAUCUCUGGCAUUUUUCUUUGUAAAUCAGGACUUAAGUGAAUUGUUCCAGUGUUUGAUUUAAUGUGAAUGCAUUUUUGUAUAAUGAAAUAGUGAAAAGAUAUGUAUGCUUAUUUUUUGUUAUGUUGUGUAAACUGUGACUUGGUCUCCCCAGUUGAAGUUCUUUUUUAUUUUGUAGUUAGAGGUACAUUAUGUUGAAAUCUCACAGAGCAUCUUGUUUUUGUGCAUCCACACAUGCCAAUAAGUGAAUCAUGGUGCCUUUCCCAAGCCUUGUAUGAACAGGACUGGGCUUUUGAAGAGCUUGAGAAGGCUUUAAGUAUGGCCCAAAAGACAGAGGAAGCCCGGAAAAAACUGCAGAUAGAAAUGGAUGAAAAAAUUAAAGCAGUGGAAAAGGCAAGUGAAGAAGAGAGAGUAAAUCUUCAGCGGGAAUUAACCAGAGUGAAACAAGAGGUGGUUGAGAUUAUGAAGAAGUCUUCAGAGGAACGAGUUGCUGAACUAGAAAAAAUCCAUAAAAAAGAACUGGCUACCAAAGAUCAGGAGCUAAAUGAGAGAUUACAGGCUCAAGAAAAGGUAUUCCAGGAGAAGAUGAAGGCAGCUCUUGAAAAAAAUCAGACUGAGUGCUUAAAAGCUCUUCAAGAGCAAGAGCAGCAAGAAUCCCUAGCCUUAGAAGAAUUAGAGCUACAGAAGAAAGCCAUACAGUCUGAGUGUGAUAAGAAAGUUCAGAAGAUGCAUCAAGAAAUAGAGACUUGUAGAACUAGGAUUCUUGAAUUGGAAAGCUCUCUUGCAAAGUAUUCACAUGAUGACAGAAAGCAGUCAGAGGAAUUAAAUACUCUCAUAGAGUCUGAAAAAAACCAGCACAGUAAGGAAAUUAAUGAUAUGGUUGAAAAACACAAUAAAGAACUGGAGAAUGUGAAACAGCAGCAAGAAAAGCUUUGGACAGAAAAACUUGAAAUUUUAAAGCAGCAACAAAUAACUGAAAUAGAAAAACUAAGAGAGGAGCAACAACAAGAGAUACAAACCAUUUUGAAAGAGAAAGAAACCAUUUUUCGUGCACACAUAGAAGAGAUGAAUGAAAAAACAUUAGAAAAACUUGAUGUGAAACAAACAGAAUUAGAAGCACUGUCUUCUGAACUAUCAGAAGCACUAAAAAUACGUCAUGAUUUAGAGCUAGAACUCUCAGAAUUAAAUAGUAAAAUGUGUGAAGCAAAGCAAGAAUUGAAAGGAAAGUUGGAAGAAGAGAGAAAACGGCACAAUGAAGUGAUUGAAACAAUGUUAAAAGAGCAUGAAAUGUCUAUUCAAGGUGUUGAGAAGGUACUCAAAGAGGAACUCAACAAGCUCAAACAGUCACUGGAGGAGAAAGACAGACGUUUGGAGGAGUUAAAAGUACAUGAACAGAAAAUGAAGGAAUCUGCAGAAAGAUCUGAAGCUGAACUUGUCCAAAUAUCUGCAAAGCUGGAGGAGCAAAGCAGUGAAAAUACACAGAAAGUAACCACUCUAACCCAGCAAUAUGAAUGUCAGCUGGAGGACCUACAAAGAAAGGCUGAUGAAAUGAAGAGUAGUCUGACUGAGAAGGAAAAUGAAAUGGAGCACAUGAAGAAGUUACAGAACAAGCAGGUGGAAGAGCUUAAAGAGAAACUGUUAGCUGCAGAACAGAGAUUGAGUGCUUUACAAGAAGAGUAUGAAAAUAAACUGAAAUGUCAAGAGAAGAAAGUGGAGAAAAUGAAACAGAAAUCAAAAGAUAUGCAGGAAACUUUCAAAAAGAAACUUGCUGAGCAGGAAGCUAAACUAAAAAAAGAGCUUGAGAACAAGCAGUUGGAAUUCAGUCAGAAAGAGAGUGAAUUCAAUACUAAAAUUUUGGAAAUGGCGCAUGCCAGCUCAUCUGGAAUCAAUGAUGCAGUGUCAAAACUGGAAUCUAAUCAGAAAGAGCAACUAGACAAUCUUGCUGAGGACCACAGGAGGAAAUUGGAAGAAGUAAUCCAAAGUUGGGAAAAGAAACUUAAUCAGCGGAUUGAAGAACUCAAGGAAGAACAUGAUAUGGAACUGCAAGAGAAAGAGCAGGAAGUUGGAGACCUGAAACAGAAGCUUUUCAUCUUCAGUGCUGAAAAAGAGGACUCCAGAACAGAAAUAACCCAACUGAAGGAAGAGCAAGUGAAAAAGGAGGAGUGCCUGAAGGAGUUGCAAGAACAGCUGAGGCAGUCAGUGGACAAGGUGAAUGCUUUGUCAGAUAAGGAAAGUGACCUGAAAACACAGUUGAAAAAACUGGAAAGUGAUCUUAAACAGUCUCUGAAACAGCAGACAGAACUUCAGGAACAGCUCAAUAAGCAGAAAGCAGUUGAAGAGAAAGACAAAGCCACAAUUACAGAGCUGGCUGAUACAUUGAGAACCCUUGAAGAGAAACUCCAAACUGUGGAAUCUUCUCAGUUUAAAGAUCAUGAAAAUUAUGAGAAAAAAAUAGAGGCAAUUCGACUAAAAGAAACUGAGUUCGAAAGGUUGUCAGGAGAACUUACAGCCCAGUUACAUGCUUGGAAGAGUGCUGAAGCUUCGUUGCAAACUAAAGGUAAUGACUUAAUUGAAAAAUGUAUUGACAAAAUUGGCAUAGUAACAUGUAAAAUUGCAGACUGUGAGAGCCGAACUGCUAAAAUUAAAGAAGCAAUAUUAAUCAAAACAAGUAAGAUAGCUGAACUAGAAGCUCAACUUAGAGAAAUAACAGAGCAUCAUUCUGCUGCUACUACUUCUUUGCAAAAGUCAAUGCAAGAACUGCAGGAGAAGGACAAUUUAAUUAUGACCAUGAGAGCUGACAUUGCAGGACUUGUAACAGAAAAGGAACAAUUGCAAAAAGAGGGAGGACAUCAGAGGCAAGCAGCGUCAGAGAAAGAAACUUGCAUAACACAGCUGAGGAAAGAGUUAUCUGAAAAUAUCAAUGCUGUCACAUCAAUGAGGGAAGAACUCCAGGAAAAACAAUCUGAAGUGUGUGCUCUGAACAAAACAGUUACUGACCUUAAUGUUAGACUUGAAAGCACAGUAAGUUUAACAGAGAAGGAAGCAGCCAUAUCUCUGUUAAGCAAACAACAUCAAGAGGAUCGGUUGCAGUUGUUAAAUCAAGUAGAGGAGUUAUCAUCCCGAGUUGAAAUGCUGAGUCAAGAGAAAGCAUCAGCUCUUGAUCAGCUAGAUCAUUGCAAGGCCCAGCUGUCAGAGUGGAAGAUGAAAGCACAAACCAGGUUUACACAAAAUCAUGAUACUAUCAAAGAUUUGCAGAGCAAACUUGAAUUAAGAAAUACUGAAGCCAGUAAAAAAGAUGAAGAGCUAAAUAAACUGAAGGAACAGCUGGCUAAACAAAGCAGGAAUCUUGAUAGUUUAAAAAGUGAAUUGGAACAAAAGCAAAACAGGAAGGAAAAGGAAGAAAGUGAGUUAACCUCAAAGUUAAAAAAACAAGCAGCAAAAAUUGCUGAACUAGAAAAAGACAUUGCUCAGAAAACUUUAGAAAAUGAUUCCUUGGUGGAGGAACUUAAAAAGUGUAAUGAACAAAAAAACGCAGAGAAAGAAGAAAUAGCUUGUCAACUUCAUCAGGCAGAGAAGGUGGCUUUUGAAAAGGAAAACAGAUUUAAGAAGGCUGAAGAAAAAGUGCUUAAUCUUGAGAAGCAAAUAAGUUCACUGAAAGCUGAUUUUGAAGCAAAGGAGAAAGAAUUUGAUCAAAUGAAGUCAGUCAUACUUCAAAGGAAAGAGGAAGAACUGAAAGAAUUAGAAGAGAGACUGAAUGCAGAGAACAGCACUAAGCUGGCCGAUCUGAAAAAGAAGGCAGAGCAAAAAAUAGGUUCUAUUAGAAAGCAGUUAUGGUCUCAGAUGGAAGAAAAGGAACAGCAAUUAAAGCAAGAUAAGGAGGAUCAGUUAAGAGAAUUGGAGCAGAAAGUGCAGGAGAGAGAAGCCAAAAUUGAGUCCUUAGAAGAAAAAAUUAAGUCAACAAAAGAUUCCACAGAAUUAGAGAAGGAGAUGCUGGAAAAAGUAGACAGUGUAAAAGCUGCUGUAGAACAAGAAAAAAAAAACUUGCUUGAGAGUGUCCAACAGACAUAUGAAGAGAAAAUGCAGGUUUUACAGAAGGGCUUAACUGAAAAAGAUGCAUUAUUACAGAAGUAUGAGAGGGAACAACGAGAGAGUAAUGACAGCCAUCUAGAACUGCAAAACAAACAGAAAGAACUCCUUAAAAAACUAGAAUGUGUUGAGAAGAGCCAUCAGGAAGAGCAGGUUAGGACUGAAAGCCUCAGGAAAGAACUUGAGGAGCAAACAAAAAAAUAUUCAUUGUUAGUGGAUGAGCAUGCUUGUUGUGGUGGUGUUUUAGCUAGCAGUAGGGAAGAAUUGAAGGUUAAAGAGCAAAAAUAUCUUGAUAUGGAGAAUGUAAUUGGAGAUUUACAGAAAAAAGUGCAGGAAAAGGAGGCAGUCAGUCAGUCUUUAGAACAGAAGAUAAAAGAGUUAGAAAAUAAUAUAGUGAAGAAAAAUGAAGUGCAUAAGAUUGAGAUGGAAGAUAUGAGUUUAAGAUAUGAAGAAAAGCUAAAAUGUCUACAGGAACAGUUGGGUGAAAGAAAUGACAGUCUUAAAGUUUUUGAGGAAAAUGCUGAAGAAAAGGCCAGAUCUGUUUUGGAGCUGCAGAAAUCACUAGUUGACAUGCAGAACCAACAGAAGGACUUACAGACUAAACUAGAAGAGAGUGAAGCAGAAAAACAGAAACUAUGCAAACAGGUGAAUAAUCUUCAAAAAGACAUACGUGCUCUGCGAAAGGAACAUCAGCAAGAGCUUGACAUAGUCAAGAAAGAGUCCUUAGAGGAAAUGGAGCAGAAAAUCAGAUGUGAACAAGAAGACAUUGAGUUAAAGCACAACUCCACCUUAAAGCAGUUAAUAAGAGAGUUCAAUACUCAGCUGGCUCAAAAAGAGAAAGAAUUGGAAACAGCAGUAAAAGAGACAAUCAGUAAAGCCCAGGAGGUAGAAAAUGAAUUGAUAGAAAAUCAUCACAUAGAGACAACACAGUUGCAUAAAAAAAUUGCUGAAAAAGAUGAUGAUCUAAAAAACACUGUGAAAAAAUAUGAAGAAAUCCUUGAGUCUCGUGAGGAAGAGAUGACAGCAAAAGUUCAUGAGUUGCAGGCACAGCUGGAAGAUUUGCAGAAGGAAUACAAACAAAGGAUUGCAGAAGAGGAACAUUGCAACAGUGAAAAAGUCACAAUAACAGAACUAAAGGCACAACUUGCACAGAAGACAACACUAGUCAAUGAUUCAAAACUGAAGGAGCAGGAAUUGAAAGAGCAGAUUCAUGUACUGGAAGACCAGCUGAAACAUUAUGAGAAAAAGAUGUAUGUCACAGCAGUUGGAACACCAUAUAGAGAUGGAAACCUUCACCAUACUGACGUUUCCCUGUUUGAGGAACCCACUGAGUUUGAAUACUUGAGGAAAGUACUCUUUGAAUAUAUGAUGGGUCGUGAGACAAAGACAAUGGCCAAGGUUAUAACAACAGUGCUGAAGUUCCCAGCAGAUCAGACUCAGAAGAUACUAGAACGAGAAGAUGCUCGACCAAUGUUUGCCUCACCUCGCAGUGGUAUCUUUUGAAUAUGCCACCAGUCUGUGCUUAGCUAGCAUGUGGUUGUGGCUACGACCAUCUUGAAGAUUUUGUGAUGAGAAUGUCUCAUGACAUUGCUGCUUAGAAAUAUGUUUAUAUCUCUGUUGCCCCUUGAGAAGGGACAAGAAGAAAAGCUAUUAUUCAAGGUCACAAACAGAACAGCAAGAACCAAAACUCAGCACCACUUCUGGACUGUGAAUAUAAUCAAAACUGCCUUGGCAGAAAUGCUAAUCAGGGGUUAUUUGGUUAUUUCUCUUCUAUUGAAUACUGUCUUCUAUUUUGUGUUAAAGGUUAUUUUUUUAAAGGAGAGAAAAGACUUUAUCCUAGGAAAGAAUUGCCUGCUACUGUAUCUCUAUACAGGUUUUACUGGGUGUUUUUUAAAAGUUGAAAUAAAUGAUUUGUUUCUUCUAUUUAUUAUUUUUAUUUUUGAUUGAAUUGUGCAAUACAUUUUGGAUGGAUAGCGAUUGAGGUGAUUUUUCUGAUGAACUAGGCACUCUUGUUGAAUAUUCUCUCCUGAUUUGAUCUUGAUUGUUUGCUAGAAGGUCACUUCUAUAUGCUUUUGCCUACAAUAAAUCCAAAUUGCAGUACCUCGUUUGUUUACUCCUAGCUUUUGUACUUACAUUUUCUGGAGAAAAGGUGUGUUCCUGUAAAUUGUAAAUAAUUACUACAUAACUGUAUCAUAUGCUGAUCUGUGACUGUUGACAGCACUAAUAUGAAUAGAGCUGAGAUGAAAUAAAGUUUAUUUACUGUAUAAUUUUGGAA